UCUAAUGUAAGCAAACGAAACUGUUUGCAAACAUGUUUUCCUUUCAACCUUUAAACACCCGGUAUUUUGCAAACUUCUACUUUUGCCAGGAAAUGUCAGAUUCAGUAGAACGUAAUCGUUUCUACGUUUAACUGGUCAAGUUUACAGCUUAAAGAAAUGACUGAAAUCAUUUAAGUUUAACCACGGAGUUUGAAAGCGAAUACCGGAGCGAAGCGAAUAGCGGAGUUUGAACUAAAUAUCUUAAAGAUUUUAUAUCAUAAUUAAUUUAAAUAUUUAGUGUUUAAAAUGAGUGAAACAAAGUUAAAGUUACAAAUUGUCUUAAUAGUUUUAAGUAUAGUUUGGAAAGGUCUUCAUGCGGUAGAUGACUCGCUGCUGUUCAGCGUGACCCGUCCACCACGUUACUUCGGCAUUCUGCAAGAUCACCGCGGGCAACCGCUCUCCGUUGAAGUCUCCGAGGAGUACAUGGACCAGGACUACAUAGCCACUAACAGGAAGAGGCAUAAGAUGAAUUGGAACAAGAACCCCAUGGACAUCGAAGAUUUCGAUGACGAUGACACAGAAGAAAUCUUCGAUGACAAGGAUAAAGAUGUCAAAGUGCCCAACUUGCAGGCUGGUCCAGUGUAGGAGCGUGUUAUGUUUAAGGCCGACAUGAGUGAACCUUGUUCCAUUGUAGUGAAAAUCUGUUUUCGAUGAUAUAAACACAUCAUUUUUAGUUAUCUGCAGUUAUAUACCUGUGACACCGCUCUCCCACCUUCGUCACCGGGCACGGCAUUCUCCUGCCAGCUAUGCAGUCGCGGCUGCCGCUCUUGCAUUGGACUUACCUACUAGUCAUUUGCGGAAGUGCCGCACUCUUAUGGACUCUGUUUGAUUCAUCAUUUUAUUGAUGUACAGGCCAAUGAUGAUACCUCCUCCUCGCGUUUGUUCCUCAUCGCUGAGGAUCUUGAAACCCCCGUGGAAUCAGUUUCUCUUUGACAGUGUCCAGCCAUCUGACCAUGUUUUUAGCAUCGUGAAGCGUGACGUGCAGUUGGAUGUCCAACCAACCCAACAAGGUUAAUCUGCACACCUUAUUGGGCUAUGGCCUCUAGGUCGUUUGCCAUCAACCUUGCCAGUAACAAUUUGUUCAACAUUGUGACCUCCAGUAUCCUGCGUAGCCAGAUGGUAGAGAGCCUGGUUUUGAUGUUGAAAUCGCAGUUAUAUAUAUUUACAGUCAUUACAUCUACAUAGUUUUUUUUCAACCUUUAACUCAGUACAGUUUACUCAUACUCAUACUCAUACUCAUUUAUGUAUAAUAUAAUCACAUAUUACACGUCAAAAUUGAAAUUUAAUUAGAUAAAUUUAGUUUUAAAACAGUGAAAAAGAGUAAACACGCAGCAUAUCUAUUUAGAAUAAAACAUAAGAUUUGUCAAAGUUAGAUAGCUGAUAUUAGUAGGUAAGUACCUUAUCUGAUAAGUAUAUUAAGCAGAUAUUUAUAAGAAUAUGUGUAAGUAUUGUGAGAUUUGUGAGUAAAAAAAAUGUAUGAAGAAUUGUUGAAUAAAUGAUUAGCUAAAGGGUU